UUUUUCCCGAGGAAACUAAGUACAAAGGCAUAAAUGAUGGCCAUGCCAUGGCUGCGCUCGGCUGACAUUUUCUGAUGAAAACGAAAGUGGCAGUUAGAUUCCAAGAUGUAUGUGAGAAAAAUGUCCAGCGGGGAUUUAUUUGUAACUGAGACUGGUUUAGAAGAUUUAGAAAGUGAAGAGUUCAUUUUAUGCUACAAUAAAUCUGAAUCCAAUCCUCAAAAUUAUGAAUUUCUAUGUUGUGUCUGCACCAAACAAAUCAAAGGUUUAAAAGACUGUAUGAACCACUGGAGAAAUUCAAAGCACAAGCGUGAAGCGAAAGCCUGCUACAACAAGAUCAAGUACUUACAGAGAAUUCCGCAUGCUGUAACAAAUGUUGAAGCUACUUUAUCCCAAUUUAUAAAAGAUACUGUCAAUGCUCAUGUCCUGGCAAAAGACGAGUUGCUGUUACGUCAGAAGAUUUGCUCGAAAGUUGAAGACUGUUUGAAAAAAGCUGGAUUUAAAAGCAUAUUUUGUCGUUUGUACGGUUCUGCACACACUGGAAUAGGCUUUCAUGAUGCAGAUAUAGAUAUUGACGUUCAGUAUGAUCCUCAAGAAAUAGUACACAGCAAGAUACCGGUCUCCACAACAGCUUCGAUAUAUAUUCAAAUAGCAGAAACUUUAAAGAAACAAAGAAGGCAGUUUUGCGAUGUGGAGGAUACAUUCCAUUUGAGGUUCCCAUGUCUCAGGUUUACAGACAUAGAAAGUGGACUUCACUGCUGUAUCUACUCCAAUUAUUCAAAUGGCUUCCAUACAUCAGAUCUUCUCAAAAGUUACGUGGAGCUGGAUGACAGAGCAAAAUCACUGUGUUCAUUUUUUAAACUUUGGGCAAAGCUUUGUAAAUUUGACGACCCAAGGCUUUGUGGUUUAUCUCCAUAUUGUUUUUCCUUGAUGGUGAUUCAUUAUUUACAGCAAAUUGUACCACCUGUUUUGCCAAUCAUUAAGGUUACUGGAAGUAAGGGAGAAAAGGGUAAAAUUGUUGACACAGUUAAAGAAAAAAACUCCACUAUCACCACAAAUGAGCUUGAAUCUUGGAGAAGUAAGAACACUAAUAGUCUUGGAUGGUUGUUAAAUGAUUUAUUUAGGUACUACCUUGUUAGGUUCCAUUUUAAAGCAUUGGUUAUUAACAUACAGCAAGUAUCUCCAAUGUCAAAGCAACGUAGACAGUUCAACAAUAGCAGAAGGGUGGCAAUUGAAGAUCCAUUCGUAAAAGAUAAUGUUGCAAGCACUCUUUGUUCAACAGCAAUUUUAAAUAACAUGAUACAAAGUAUGGAAAAGACUUGGAAGUAUUUUUCCUGCUACACACCACCAAAAACUGUAAACGAGAAAGAGCUAAAGCGAAAGCGAGACAUUCCAGAAACCAAUGUAGACUUGAGUAGCAGUGUAAAAGGUGAAGCUCCUCAACAUUUAAACAAUAAAAAAGAAAACAGUGAGGAGGAUGAAGAAAGUUCAAGUAAGGAUUCAGACAGCGAUGUUGUUGUUGAGAGCGAAGACUACGAUGACGAUAACCUUAAUAAAAAUCAGCAAUUCAGUGGCAAAGAAAAACAAGGCAAUGAAUAUUUAGCUACCAGUGAAGUGUUGCAAGAGUCUAAAGAGCUGAUAGAAAUUGAAGAUACUUCUGAAUCUUUACCACAGAAUGUGUCAGAAAUGGUUGACAAACUGCUUAUCGAGGACAAUGACGCUGACGAUGCUAACAAAAACCACGAAAAUGAAAAAUCACUUGUGAUAGAUUGUAUAGCUCCUUCUCCUUCUUUUCAGCUUUUACCAAGAUAUUUUACUUCAGGUAAAGUUGCAUUGAUGUGUUCUGAAUGUCUAAAUGAAGGACAUACCUACACAAAGUGUCCAUGUUUGUACACUAUGAUGCGAGAGCUGCCUCCCUUAACUAAAAAGUUCCGAUUGAUCAUGGACAAAGUUUGUGAGGAUGUUAUGAUGUCUUGCCAGAUGACUGAAGAAGAUAUGAAAUUUCGAGCUAUAGUUUUAAACGAUAUGGAGAAUCAUCUAAAAAGACAUUUCCGAACUGACUGUCGCUUGAGCUUGUUUGGCUCAUCGAGGAAUGGUUUUGGUUUCGAUGGCUCCGACAUGGAUGUUUGUUUGCGUUUUGAAGAGAAGGAGCCUCCACCAUAUCUCGAUUAUCCCAAUAUGGUUGUUCAAGUUUCCAGAGCACUAAACAAAAGUCCACUUUAUGAAAAGGUCAUGUAUAUUAAAUCUGCGAAAGUACCGAUUGUCAAAUUUACUAUUCCAUCACAUAAGCUUGAGGGAGAUAUUAGUUUGUACAACUGCUUAGCUUUGGACAACUCCCAGAUGUUGCGAACUUACUCUAAAAUAGACAAGAGAGUCCGAAUACUUGGUUAUUGCAUGAAAACGUAUGCAAAGAUUUGCGAAAUUGGAGAUGCUUCACGUGGUAGCCUUUCUUCAUAUGCGCAUAUUUUGCUUGUACUUUAUUAUCUCCAACAUUGUGAGCCACCUGUUAUCCCCGUGUUACAGGAAUUGUAUACAGGGAAGAAGCCAGAACAUCUCACAGAAGGAUGGAACACGUGGUAUUUUAAGGAUAUUAGUAAACUUAAAGAUGUUUGGGCUGGCUAUGGAAAGAAUAAUCAAUCUGUUGGCGAAUUGUGGAUUGGCUUAUUUCGAUUCUACAUGGAAAAGUUUGAUUUUAACAGAAAUGUGAUCGCAAUCAAGCAGCAUAAAAAACUCUCGAAGUUUGAAAAAUCUUGGACGCACUCAUCGAUAGCUAUAGAAGAUCCAUUUAAUUUAAACCACAAUCUUGGAGCAGGGGUGAGAAGAAGCAUGUACAAGUAUAUAUUAUCCUGCUUCUCCUACGCACGAUCAAGAUUCGGCAACUCCCAGCAAACGUUGCCAGAAGGAGACAUAUUAGUUAAACAGUUGUAUCUAUUUGAUGCAGUCGCAUUGACUGGUAAUAAAGACGUGCCGAAAGAAAGGUUAUGUCGGCGUUGUGGUAAAAUAGGACACCAGGCUUCAAACUGUGCAGAAAAAUUUGCUGCUGAAAGAGACAUGCGAAAGCGUAGAGAUAGUGAACGAGAAGAGGAAUUGGUUAAAGGCGAUGAGAAUAAAUCGGUUGAGACAAGAAGAAAUACACCGAAGAGAGAUGCUAGAGGGAAAAGGAAUGUUGGUCCUGAUGACCAUAUAAAAUGUUUCAACUGUGGCAAAAUGGGCCAUCGGAAAGCAGAUUGUCCAAGCAGAAAAGAGGAUAAAGCAUCUUUUAACAAAGCUCCUGGCUCCGAGCGUAAUGUCAAGGGAUCUGAAAGGAACGGUAGUCGAAGCAAUGCAGACAAGACGAAGCAAACCAUGUAUAAUUCCAAUGAGUUGAAGCAUAACAACGCAUGGGCAGGUCCACUUCAUAAAUCGAAAACUGAUUUAGCCAUUCCUCUCUCAGACAUACUUCAUAGACCUAAACCAGUCAUUAAAUCCACACAACAAUUUCCAAUUGACGAUUCGCUUUUAAGUUUCUCUUAUAGCCAAUUAAAUCAAUUAUUCCCUACCCUAUUGGAACCUCUGCAAUCUGAAUGUAACACGUCUGCAACAACAGUGACUCACGUAUUGAAAGCACAUCCAUCAUCAAAAAUUCAGGCUCCUGAAGUAUUGGCUUCAAACAAUUCUCAAGGUGGAAUGUCUGAAGGUCCACACCGGUCCAACAAUCUAACUCCGGACCAGCAGUUUAGUUUCACCAGUUUUGCCCAGCAGUUCCAAGUAGCAAACACACCACCCAAAAAACGACGUGAAUUUGCCGAGCAACAACAUGUCGGCGAUUUCCCGCCCCUAUCCUCAACCGAAUACAAGAAAGAAUCGACAAGAUCAGACCAUCGACGAGGUUUUUCUCCCAGAAAGAAACGGAUGAACGCUAGUUCAUCUACACAUUCUCUCCCCGGUGCAUCUAAUCGAUCUCCGGACCAAGAAAAAGCAGCCGGCAGACCAUCUGCUUCCGGUAAGUCAUCCUCGCACGAAUCUAAACAAACUUCAUCAAAAACAAACCGGACAAGUGGAAAGAAUACUCGAACGCAAGGCGAAUUUACUACUCCCAAGAAGACGAACAAGCAGUCAGGUCAAAAUGGAAGAACAUAUAGUGCUUAACGCACUAACUGAACGUUCAUGUGGAUUCCACCUUGCAAUCCAUUGUCAAGGUGAACUUUCAUAUGGAUUCCACCUCGUCGAUCCAUUGUCAAGGUGAACUUUGAUGUCGAUUCCAACUCGUCAAUCCAUUGUCAAGGUUUUUUUUGGCUUUUAUGUCACCAUUUGCCACUUUUUUUUUCCUUGGCUGUGUUUUGAUAGAAAAAAGUUAUUUUAGUUUUUAUAAAUGUUUUAGUGAUUUUUAUAAACGUAUAACCUUCCCUGAAUUUUGUGUUCAUUAUCAAUUUAGAGCUGACAAAAAGCUUCAUAUCCUGUCUUCGUCCCCCGAGACAUGUCAAAACAGACCCUUUUGUAUCUAAUUUAAGUGAGAACUUAAACUUACUAAACUUCAGGGAAGAUCUUGUUGGUUAUAAUGGUUUUUUAUAUAUAAUAUUUUAUAGUUUGCUUUUUAAUACUUCUAAUAUUUACAUCCUAAUUUUAGUUAUUAGAUGUAUAUCCUAGGUUUUACGUUUGAAAAUCCAGUUCUAUAUGGGUGCAAAUUUUAAUUGUUUAUUUUGUGGCUUGAAUAAGUAGUGCGGUGCUAAAAGCGAUUAUUUGUUUUAGUGUUUCCUUUGCAUGACUGCUUUGUGUCAAUGCAUUUGCCAUCGUUUCAGAAGUUUGACAAAUUAUGAAAUUUUACGAUGUGGCUUUCUUAUAUGUAAAUGUGUUUAAUGUGAUACCUGUACAUAGCACUGCAACGUUUCGCACCUGCACUUAGCAGUGCUUUUAAUUUUGAUUUGAUUAACAAUUAUUAAUUUUCGGGUGUAGUUUUAAGAAAUUAUGUGCAUUAACCUGGCUUUAUCUGCUUUUUUUUUCUUCGAUAUAUUUAAAUUUAAGCUCUUUCAAAAAAUGCGUAAAUAUGAAUGCGACUUUAAAAUAAUUAUUUUUGUCAGUUAAAUUUUUUCUGCUUCACUUCAACUCAUUUUUUAUUCGCCUUCUAUUCAAGAUAAGAAUGUCUUACAACCAAAUUCAAUUCGAACGAAAAUCCGUAUUUUUACAUUUUAUUUCAAAAUGUUUGAAUAGAGGUAAAUAAAAAUGUAUAUUAUUAGAUAUUCCUCGACAUAAUAUUCUUACUGUAAAUGUUCUGAUUUAAUAUUCAAGAUGAAUGGAGAGGCGUUUAUUAGAAACGGGCGUUUAUUGGAAACAAGCGUUUUUUAGAGACGGGCGUUAAUUUGAGACGGGCGUUUAUUAAGGAAACAAAAAAGAAAUUAAAAUAUUCAGUAUAUGACAUUCCUAUAGUUUCAUUACAAAUUCAACCCAAAUCCGCCGCGUUAAACUCGAGUAAUUUAUUUUUUUUAAAUUAAUUUUAUAAGAGGAAUGAUCUUUUUUUAGAGCAUCUACGGUAUGAUUUGAUAUUGUUUCAACAAUGUUUAAUUUUACAUGCAAAUUUAUGAACUUUCUUCUUUUAUUGAAAUCUGUUAAUACACGCAGAUUUUAUUGCAAGAAAAGAAGAUCUAUUGAAAUUUAAAUCUAACAUUUUUUUCGUGAUCUCACAUUGUGUGAUGUUUAUGUAGUGAAUAUAAAAAUAAAAUAA